AUGGACGAUGCGAGAGAAAGUUGGAUUGUUAUGAUCGUCAAACAUCUUCUAUUACGAAGUACAUUGCUCGACGAUAUUGAAUUCAAAAAAACCAAUGAACAGAUAAUAGCCGAAAAAGAAAUAGAAGAAAAGAGAUUAGACGAUGAAAAGGUCAAAGUUUGUCCGAAGUGUUUACAAAAUCAUAUACCGUCGAAAACGAGUCAUGGUAAUUGUAAUUAUCAUGAUGCAUUUGUCUAUGAUUUGGAUAAGGGUACGAAGAUUAAUAGUGAACAAGCACAAAAUGUACAACAAAAGGCUGUGUUACUCAAUCAAAAGGCAGAACAACAGCCCAAACUCAUAUGGGCGUGUUGUCUUGCUCUCUAUGGAAGAGAUCGAGGAUGUCUUCGUUAUUCAUAA